AAAUUUCUUUCUAAGAAGAAGAAUAACUGAAUAAGAACAAUCACUGCUUAAAUUCUCGAGCUCAAUAACUAUGUUUAAUUGCUACCUAUCUUCUUAAACUUUCUUUAUUUUCAUGAACUCUCUCUCUCUCUCUCUUCACCCACAUGCACCCUCCUGUUCGUGCGCUACAAAGAAAAUAGUAUCAUAGAAACAGAGAACUUCUUUGGCACACAGCUUGCUUGGCUUCUCUCAAUGAUUAUCUAAAUGGUUUUCUUAUUUUCUUUGCAUGUGACACUGCUUAUUUAACAAGCAUACACCAGCUCAUCCUCCAUCAUUACGUACCAUUAUCAUUGCAGUGUUCCCCAGUACGCUUUUUUUUUUUUUUUACUCUGGUAACUGUUUCUGGAAGUUCAAGAAUAUGUACAAAGCUUUAACUGGCUAUUCAAUACUUGCAAGAAAGGGAACAAGUUUGGUCUGAUCUGGAGCCAUGAAAUGUGAGCAAGUUUUGACUACACAGUUUCAUUUGAACUGCAAAUUUGCUUGACCACUUGGUUCUGCAACUCUGAUUGAGAAAAUGAACAGCAAAAAGGCCUUCUUGUUCAUUUUCUUUUUUGUGUCAAUUUUCUCUCAAAUUGCUGCUGACCCAGUUGAAGAUAAACAAGCAUUGCUUGAUUUCUUUCACAAUAUCUCACACUCCCACUCUCUCAAUUGGAAGGAGAAAACUUCUGUAUGCAAAACCUGGACAGGAGUGACCUGUAACAGUAAUCAGUCCAGAGUCAUAGCCGUCCGAUUGCCAGGAGCUGGUUUACAGGGUCCAAUUCCAUCCAACACACUCAGUCGUUUAUCAGCAAUUCAGUUUCUAAGCCUCAGAUUGAAUGCCAUAUCAGGUCCUUUCCCCUCUGAUUUCUCCAAGCUUGUAAACUUGAACUCCCUUCACCUUCAAUAUAACAAGUUCUCUGGGCCAUUGCCUUCGGAUUUCUCAGUUUGGCAGAAUCUUUCGAUCAUUGAUUUAUCAGACAAUGGCUUUAAUGGGACUAUCCCUUCAUCAAUUUCAAAUUUGACUCACCUCACAUAUUUGAAUCUUUCUAACAACUCUCUUUCGGGUGAAAUUCCUGAUCUCAAUAUUCCUAGUUUGCAACUGCUAAAUUUGGCCAACAAUAGUCUUACUGGAAGCGUGCCAAAAUCCCUUCAGAGAUUUCCAAGUUCUAUGUUUUCAGGUAACAAUCUUACAGUGGAAAAUGCUCCUUCUCCUGCUUUUCCAGUUCAACCACCUAGUGCUCAACCAUCAAAGAAAGGCAUAAAACUUAGUGAACCUGCGAUAUUGGGUAUAGUCAUCGUUGGUUGUGUUCUGCUGUUUGUGAUUGCUGCUGUUUUUAUGAUGCUUUGUUGUGCAAAUGGAAGAAAAGAUGGGGUUCAAGGGAAGGAGAAAAAGAAAGAAGCCUCUUUAAAGAAAGGUGCUUCUGAGAAACCAGAUAAAAGUGAGAAGCUAGUCUUUUUUGAGGGAACUAAUCUUGCAUUUGAUUUGGAGGACUUGCUGAGAGCAUCUGCUGAGGUGCUUGGCAAGGGAACAUUUGGGACAACAUAUAAGGCAGCUCUGGAGGAUGCAGGUACUGUGGUGGUGAAGAGGCUUAAAGAAGUGAGUGUGGGGAAACGCGAGUUUGAGCAGCAGAUGGAGGUGAUUGGAAGUAUUAGGCACGAAAAUGUGGCUGCAUUAAGGGCAUAUUACUAUUCCAAGGAAGAGAAGCUUGUGGUGUAUGAUUACUAUGACCAAGGGAGCGUGUCUGCAAUGUUACAUGGUAAAAGAGGAGAGGAGGGCCGGAUUCCAUUAGACUGGGAGACUCGGCUAAGAAUUGCAAUUGGUGCAGCAAGAGGCAUAGCUUAUGUCCACACACAAAGUGGUGGGAACAAACUUGUCCAUGGAAAUCUAAAAGCCUCUAACAUUUUCCUCAACUCCGAAAGAUAUGGUUGUGUAUCUGAUGUGGGUCUAGUAGCAUUGAUGAAUCCAAUGCCAGCACCAAUGAGGGCUGCAGGAUACCGAGCCCCAGAAGUCACAGACACCCGGAAGGCAACCCAAGCAUCUGAUGUAUACAGCUUUGGGGUCUUGUUGCUUGAGCUCCUCACUGGAAAGUCCCCUAUACAAACCACAGGUGGUCAUGAAAUUGUUCACUUGGUCAGGUGGGUGAAUUCUGUGGUUAGGGAGGAGUGGACAGCAGAAGUGUUUGAUAUAGAACUUUUGAGGUAUCCUAAUAUAGAGGAAGAAAUGGUAGAGAUGUUACAAAUUGGGAUGACUUGUGUUGCAAGAAUGCCAGAGGACAGACCAAAAAUGCCGGAUGUUGUGAAACUGGUAGAAGAAGUUCGUCGAGUGAAUACAGGAAGUCGACCAUCAGCUGAGCUUCGGCCAGAGAUUACAAACCCCACACCUAUUGCAGCUGAUAUAGGAGCAGCCACUGCAUUAGCAUCUUCCUCCACGACACUUUGAAAUUCUUUUUAGUAAUUGGUUGUUGCUAUGAUAUAUACUUUUCUAUUUUCCAUUUCAAAUUCAUAAUUAAUUGAAAUUGAGUUGGGGGAACGCUUUUGAUCUGGGGUUGUUUGUGUAUCUUAAAUUAUGUGACAAACUUGAUGCCAAGAUUAAUUUUAGCUACCUUGUCCAGCUAAAGCUUUAAAGUUGACUUGCUUUCUUGGCUGUCCUAUUCUUUGGUUAGGACUUGAGUAGUUAGGCAUGUGGAGUUUAGUUGUCAUUGCUAAUAUAAACCAAUUUGUUAUUGUAUUA